GUGUUUCACCCACCGAGUCAUCGGCUGGUUGUUUUUACAUACAGGGGAGGUAAUACAGGGGAGGUAAUCAACUCUAAUCACGUUCACGACUCACCAAAAUGCAGUGUGUUCCUGUCUUAGUGUUGCUGACUGCGGCCUUCAUCAAACUCAGCUCACCAAACCACUUACCACAAGACAACAGCACAGAGACCGAGGACUACUACGACUGGUAUGAAAUGGGUUCAAGUUCCGAGGAUCUGUUUCCAAAUGGUGUCUGGGUAGAUGACGUCAUAACUCCAACGAGGAAGAGAACUGAAAGCUGCCCGUGCCAGAGUUGGAAAACAACCCCCCACCCCCGGGUCGACGCUGAGAACACCGUGCACGUGAAUGUGUGUGACGUCAGUAUCCGAGAGAUCAGGGAACUGAAAGUUGUUUUGGCAGAAGCUAACGGCAAACACGUGUGGCGCCACCUAGUGCUGCCUGAAUGUGAAGCCACAUUUACAAAUACGACACCAGGUGAAUAUAAAAUACAGAUCUGGGCACUCUGCCCUGGGCAUCUGAUGUCCAUCGAGGGCACGAUCUUUGAAUGUUCGUCAUCACAGCAGCGGUCAGAGCUGUUCGUCAUCACAGGGGCAGAGAACUCAAGUGUGUCUGUGCCGUUGCUAGGGAGACAACAAGAUGGCCUCUUUCUGAUCAUCACAGUGGCGGCCCUUGUUGUAACUCUUGUCUUCAUUCUUCUCGUAGCUGGUAUAGUGUGGUGGAUAAGGAGAAACCCGCGCACUUUACCAUCUACCUCCCAUUCGGCGUCAUCAUCAAAUCUUCUCUGCGAGAAAAAAGUUCGUUCAAGUUCAGAUAACUCUGAAAUUUUUCGUCUCAGCUCCGAUAACUCUGACAUAUUUCGCCCCAGCUCAGUCAAAUCUGGCAUAUUUCGGCCAAGUUCACAAAAAUCUGGAAAAUAUCGUCCAAGUUCCGAUAACUCUGGUGUGUUUCUAAGCUGCAGUAGGAGUAGCACACGAACGGUUGAAGCGGCUGGCGGUGGGCACCGUGUUGGUCUGAGUUGUAAACAACCGCUGAUGUUGGAUGAGCAGUGUUCACUUCAAUGUAGUACUUACACUAUUGAUGAUUCGGGGAAUGAUGUGUAACUUAUGGAGAUGGAUGGGCUGGUGAUAUACAUGAUAUACAGCAGGCUGAGUUAUAUACGGCACGCUUAGCGAUAUACGACAGGCUUAGCGAUAUACGACACGCUUAGCGAUAUACGACAGGCUUAGCUAUAUACGACACGCUUAGCGAUAUACGACAGGCUUAGCGAUAUACGGCAGGCUUAGCGAUAUAAGGCAGGCCAUGCCAUAUAAAGCAGGCUCAGUGAGACAUGGAUUGCUUGAUGAGAUAAACUGAAGACUUUUUUUAAUCAAUGGCGGCUAAUUAAUCAAGCAAGUACCCAAUAGUCGACUGACGACAGAACCAAACUAGGUUUUUGGGUGGGGGAAAAACCCAACUAUUAUACAUUUGAUCCCUUUCCCAAAAGAUAAUUAACAUGAUUGGGUUUCUUAUAAAACCCUACAGGAAAAAUGCAAGACAAAUUGGGCUUUAAGAUUUAGUGGGAUUUAGAAUGUAUUUGGUAAAUAAAACCAUAAACGUUUUAACCAAAAACAUUACAUUUUAGAUCCGAUGUGGGUGGGGAGACCUUAGAUGAAGGACAGUCCAGUCCGUGUCCAGUGGACAUUUGUUGUCAACACACGUAGUGGACAUUUUGUCAACACGUAGUGGACAUUUGUUAACACACACACGGACACGUCCUUACAGGUAGCCCAGUGUGUCGCCCAACAAGCGCAUUACCAAACACGAUAUAAGAUAAAUGUCAAACGGACAUUAAAUUGGGGGGGGGGGAGCUGUAGACCAGUACAGUGGACAUUAAAACAUAGAGCAGUCCUGUUGAUAACUUGGGGGGUGGGCUAUAGACAAGGACAGGCCGUGUCCAGUAGACAUUAAAACAUAGAGCAGUCCUGUUGAUAACUUGGGGGUAGGCUAUAGACAAGGACAGGCCGUGUAGACAUUAAAACAUAGAGCAGUCCUGUUGAUAACUUGGGGGUAGGCUAUAGACAAGGACAGGCCGUGUAGACAUUAAAACAUAGAGCAGUCCUGUUGAUAACUUGGGGGUAGGCUAUAGACAAGGACAGGC